AUGGACAACAUCUCGGAGUUUCUACAGACCAUUUAUAUUGGUGCAGUCGUUGCAAAUUUUCUUUUCAACAAUGGACGUAUCAGAAAAGCAGUGGACAUCUUUAACGAAUGUUUGGUACUCCUUAACGGUAAAGCCCUAGAAACAAUUAAAGAACUUAGCACACCAUUUGUUAUCUAUGUAUACCAUAAACUUCUUAAUGGCUAUACUCUUAUGCAAGAUCACACCCGUGCAAUAGAAUGUGGUAAAAAGCUUCACGUGACACUACACAAUAGUGGUCAAAAAGAAGAAGAAGGGAUGACAUUACUAAAACUAGCCGACAUCUACUAUCAAAGAAGCAAAUACGAGGAAGCAAAACACUGUUGCGAAAAGGCACUCAGCAUCCUGAUUGAGACUGAAAACAAUCAUGGAGUUGUAAUAUGUUACGGAAAUCUAGGAGCUGUGUUCCGCGCAGUCGGUCAAUAUACCAAGGCUGAAGAAUACCUUCAAAAAGCACUAGUGAUCAGCAAAAAAAUCGGUGACAAACAAGAAGAAGCAUCUACUUACGGAAAUCUAGGAGUUGUGUUCCAAUCUGUUGGUCAAUAUACCAAGGCUGAAGAAUACCUUCAAAAAGCACUAGGGAUCCAGAAAGUAAUCGGUGACCAAAGAGGAGCAGCAUCUACUUAUGGAAAUCUAGGAGUUGUGUUCCAAUCUGUUGGUCAAUAUGCCAAGGCUGAAGAAUACCUUCAGAAAGCACUAGUGAUCAGGAAAGAAAUCAGUGACAAACAAGGAGAAGCGUCUGACUACGGAAAUCUAGGAACUGUGUUCCUAUCUGUUGGUCAAUAUAAAAAGGCUGAAGAAUACCUUCAGAAAGCACUAGUGAUCAGGAAAGAAAUCGGUGACAAACAAGGAGAAGCAUCUUCUUACGGAAAUCUAGGAGCUGUGUUUAAAUCUGUUGGUCAAUACACCAAGGCUGUAGAAUACUUUCAAAAAGCACUAGUGAUCAGGAAAGAAAUUGGAGACAAAGAAGGAGAAGCAUCAGAUUACGGAAAUCUAGGUACUGUGUUCCUAUCUGUUGGUCAAUAUACCAAAGCUGAAGAAUACCUUCAAAAAGCACUAGUGAUCAAGAAAGUAAUCGGUGACAAAAAAGGAGAAGCAUCUGCUUAUGGAAAUCUAGGACCUGUGUUCCUAUCUGUUGGUCAAUACACCAAGGCUGAAGAAUACAUUCAAAAAGCACUAGUGAUCAGGAAAGAAAUUGGUGACAAAGAAGGAGAAGCAUCAGAUUACGGAAAUCUAGGAACUGUGUUUAAAUCUGUUGGUCAGUAUACCAAGGCUGAAGAAUACCAUCAAAAAGCACUAGUGAUCAGGAAAGAAAUUGGAGACAAAGAAGGAGAAGCAUCAGAUUACGGAAAUCUAGGUACUGUGUUCCUAUCUGUUGGUCAAUAUACCAAAGCUGAAGAAUACCUUCAAAAAGCACUGGUGAUCAGGAAAGAAAUCGGUGACAAACAAGGAGAAGCAUCUUCUUACGGAAAUCUAGGAACUGUGUUUAAAUCUGUUGGUCAAUACACCAAGGCUGUAGAAUACUUUCAAAAAGCACUAGUGAUCAGGAAAGAAAUUGGUGACAAAGAAGGAGAAGCAUCAGAUUACGGAAAUCUAGGUACUGUGUUCCUAUCUGUUGGUCAAUAUACCAAGGCUGAAGAAUACCUUCAAAAAGCACUAGUGAUCAGGAAAGAAAUCGGUGACAAACAAGGAGAAGCAUAUGCUUUCGGGAAUCUAGGAGCUGUGUUUAAAUCUGUUGGUCAAUAUACCAAGGCUGAAGAAUACAUUCAGAAAUCACUAUGGAUCAGGAAAGAAAUCGGUGGCAAGAAAGGAGAAGCGUCAGAUUACGGAAAUCUAGGAACUGUUUUCAUAUCUGUUGGUCAAUAUACCAAGGCUGAAGAAUACCUCCAAAAAGCACUAGUGAUCACGAAAGAAAUCGGUGACAAAGAAGGAGAAGCAUCAGAUUACGGAAAUCUAGGAACUGUGUUCCUCUCUGUUGGUCAAUAUACCAGGGCUGAAGAAUACCUUCAGAAAGCACUAGUGAUCAAGAAAGAAAUCGGUGACAAACAAGGAGAAGCGACUGCUUACGGAAAUUUAGGAACUGUGUUGUUUUCUGUUGGUCAAUAUACCAAGGCAGAAGAAUACGUUCACAAAGCACUGGCGAUUUACGAGGAAAUCGGAGACAAACGUAGUGUUGGAGCUUCAUACUUAAAUCUGGGGAAACUUUGUCGAGAAUUUCAGCUUCAUGCGAAGAGUCAAGAAUAUGCUAAUAAAGCACUUGAGAUAAGUUACGAAAUAGGGGACUUUGAAAUGCAGUUUAACAGCCACCUUUCCAUUGCUCUGAACGUGUUAGUGGCAGGAGGAAGCAUAAAUGAACUACGGCGAGAUCUGUAUGAAAGCAUUCAGAAGUGCGAAGAAAUGCAUGAUUUUUUAAGAGUGAAAGAUCAAUUCAAAAUUUCUUUUUUUGAUGAGCAUGUGUUCCCUUACCUUCUUCUUUGUAGGUUGUUGAUUGCUAGAGGUAACUAUCAUGAAGCCCUUUACGUUACCGAGCUUGGACGGUCCAGAGCACUGACAGACGUACUGUCAGAUAAGUACUCUGUGGAAAAAGAGGUAUCAGUGAACCCACAGUCAUGGGUUGGUAUUGAAAACAUCAUGAACAAAAAUGCACUUAGUUCUUGUCUUUAUGUUUACUGCUCCGGUGAUGAUAUGUUCUUUUGGAUCCUCAAGCCAAACAAAAUGACAGUUUUUCGACAAACGAGACUCAAAGAAAGUGCAGAUAAAGUGUUUGGAAAUAAGACAUUUGCUGGCUCUCCUGAUUUACGUCAAGACCAAUGCGAAGAUCGAUCAUUUUUUUCAUGUGUAAGCUCCCCGCCAUCAUGCAAACCAUCUCAGCGUGACAGCUUCGAAUCUCUGCGUCUUAUAGAAGAAGAGCAAGACGAAAAUCACCACUCUAAACCUUUAACCCUUGCUGAUGGUUACAACAUGAUAGUCGCUCCUGUAGCUGACUUACUCCAAGAAUCAGAAAUCAUUAUUGUACCGGAUAACUUGUUGUAUCCAAUUCCUUUUGCUGCUUUAAUAGAUGAUAAUGGAAAGUAUUUAUCGGAUACUUUCAGGAUUCGUAUUGUCCCUUCCUUGACGACUCUUAAGUUGAUUCAGCUCAGUCCAGUAGACUAUCAUAGUAAAACCGGUGCACUGAUCGUAGGAGAGCCAGACGUUGGUGAUGUAUACUACCAAGGAAAACUUCUACAGUUAAACUCACUGCCUUGGGCGAGAAAAGAAGCAGAGAUGAUUGGGCGAUUGCUCGGUGUUCAACCGUUGCUUGGAAGGAAUGCAAAUAAGCAGGCAGUCUUGGAAAGCAUGCAUUCAGUAAGUCUCAUUCACUUCGCUGCUCAUGGUUAUGCUGAACGUGGAGAAAUAGCUCUCUCCCCUGUAAGCUCCUGCGGAACUCCACACGAAGAAGACUACUUAUUGACGAUGGCUGAAAUUUCACAAGUUCGACUAACAGCCAAGCUGGUUGUCCUUAGCUGCUGUCAUAGUGCAAGUGGUCAGAUAAGGGCUGAGGGAAUUGUUGGAAUCGCUCGAGCAUUUCUAGCAUCGGGUGCACGCGCCGUGUUGGCGGCACUGUGGGCUGUAGAGGACGAAGCUACUAUGUGGUUUAUGGAUCGUUUUUACGAGCACCUUGUUCAUGGUGAAAAUGCCAGUGAAUCUCUUCAUCAGGCCAUGAAGUCGAUGAGAGAGAAUCGCUUUUCUGACGUCAAGCAGUGGGCACCCUUUAUGCUGAUUGGAGAUGACGUAACAUUCAAAGGUUUGUAUUUGAUAUCAUUUUUUAGGUUUUUCUAGCUGUUUUUAGUCAAAAUAUGUGAAAUUAAUGUUCGUGACAACGCAUUAUUUGAAAAAUCUUAUUAAGGGAGUUAUACUGAGUUUUUAAGUUUCUUUCUUUAUUGUUUUUUUCCAACUCCGUUCAUGAAAGUGAGCCAACUGGAGAGAAGACCGAAUUUUAUUUUCCGAUUUUCAUGGAAUAUUUCGUAAAGCAUGCAUGCUCGGAUCUAAAAUAACUAACUAAAAUAAAAAUGUAGAAAACGAUAGCUGAGAUUUAAAAGAGCAUACGAAAACAAUUCAAAUCAUAAAGAAGAGAAGUAAGUGGCAGUCCAACAACCUUUUUCCUAAGGUUGUACCUGAUGAAAGAAAAAACGUUGACUAUUCCAGGCUCAGAGAUAGUUGGUCCACGAAAUUGAGAAAGCGCGAACAGGAAAAUAAAACGCCACCGCCCCACUUUCCUCAGGUUUACGCGUUCAUAUUUUGCCCGCCUUUCAACGCGUCAUCUCUACUAUCUGAGAGCCUGGAACAGGCUAUAAAAACGCUGCAUGUAUUUUUCAGUCUUAAAACAGAUUCAGUCUCAGGGAACCAGAGAAAGCUCAGAGGGUAUACGUACUAAUUACCGCUAGGCGACAGUUGAAAUGCAGACGGGAAGAUUCCCUGGGCACUUAAUCUAGCCCAAGCAGCUACAGGAGCAUUUGAUUUUGAAACUUCUCUUUUAUAGAGAUAUUUUUUGGCAAAUGAGCUAAGGGCAACUCCCUUGUCGUUUUCUUGUAUUCUCAAAAGGAGGGCUUUUGUCAUCAAUAGCCUCUUUUAUAUGAUGCUUUUUCCGCGGAGAUUUCGCAAGAUUUAUUAUGCCCCCAAGAAAGUAUUUCAUUCGAUUCAAUUGGGUUUUACAAUACGUUUCGCUAUAGUUCUUUUAGUAGUCGCGAUUUUGUACCAGAGGAGAUGGCCGAUAUUUUGGGCAACCAUUGCACGGGCUUCUCGGGCUGCUCGAACUGCUCGGAUUGCACGGGUUGCUCGGGCUGCCAGGGAUCCGCAUGGUUAAUUGGCUUGAUAUCAAUCUCCUGCUUCAAGAUAUAUUCUGAUCAGUAUGCAAUCCGCAAACGAAGGAAAUUAAAAUAAAGUUAAAUAUUCUCACCGCAUAGUAAACACAUUAUUGGCCCGUGACGCGGGAAUUAAGUAACUCCGUAAGUUCUGUCGUGUUGGGUCUGCGCGCUGGUAGUAUGAUUCAUUGCGGCCCUCGGUUAGAAUUGCUUAGUUUUUGCCCGCCUCUUGGCUAGUUUAACGCAGGUCAGUGAAAAUGACUUGAAAUUUCGCCUCUCCCACCUCCCCUGGUGGCGGUUGACGUCGCUAACCCUCAUUAUUCGGCAUGCCUAUUGUCCUGGCAGUCGCGGUUGCCUCCCAUAACUUAGUAAUAGGUAUACAGUGCGAAAAUUAUACGAAUCGCAUUUAAGCUGAAAGUGAUACAAUUCGACUUUACUAAACUUUUAGCAUAUAAAUAAUUUCCUCAAAGUGUAAAGGUUUGCUAUUUGUUUGACUUUGAAUGUGUUAGAGAUAUUUGGGUAAAACAUUUAGCGCAACGAGCAAUAGAAGCAUGUUGAUCGAUGGCUAAAAUAAAUCGUGCAAAGAAUACAUACGAAAGGGAAUCGUGAUGAUUAGUUUUCCUAUUUGCAGGUGCAUUUGAUAAGAGCAGUCUGAAAGAUGGCGAAGGUGCAAAGAAAACAAAGAACUUGUAA